UUUAGAUAGUCUGGUAAGCACCUAUGAAAAGGAAUAUAGAUCUCUAGCUAAAACAUUCUUCAUCACUGUGAUCCGGUUUGAAGUUCGGAAGAUGCUCCAAAGCAUAGCUACACGAUGGAAACUGCUUAAUGGACAGAAUAAUUGGAAGAACCUGUUAGACCCUCUCGACGUUGAUCUGCGGCGAAACAUCAUUCAAUACGGCGAGAGGGCUCAGGCAACCUAUGACACCUUCAACAGCGAGAAGGCCUCCAUGUUCGCCGGAAGCAGCCGGUAUUCAAAGGCUAACUUCUUUUCAAAGCUGGGUCUAGAAAAAGCCAAUCCAUACAAAUACAACGUAACCAAAUUUCUGUACGCUACAUCUCGGAUCGAUGUCCCGGAUGCAUUUAUCAUCAAGUCAUUAUCGAGGGAAGCGUGGAGCAGGGAGUCGAAUUGGAUGGGUUACGUUGCAGUGGCCACCGACGAAGGGAAGGCUGUGCUUGGCAGGAGAGACAUUCUGAUUGCUUGGAGGGGUUCCGUUCAAGCUUUGGAAUGGAUUAAUGAUUUCAACUUCAUCUUGGUUUCAGCUUCAGGGAUACUGGGGACCAAAAAUGAUCCAAACGUACACCAGGGUUGGUUGUCUAUCUACACUUCUGACGAUCCAAGGUCGGCUUACAAUACAACCAGUGCUAGACAACAGGUUCUGGAAGAGGUGAAGAGAUUGGUUGAGGAAUUCAAGGAUGAGGAAAUCAGUAUAACCGUAACCGGUCAUAGCUUGGGUGCAGCGCUUGGAACACUAAACGCAGUUGAUAUCGUCGCCAAUGGAGUGAACAAGCCCAAAGACCACCCAGAAAAGGCCUGUCUUGUUACAGCCUUUCUGUUUGGCUGCCCCCGAGUUGGAGACGCCAACUUCCAGAAGGUGGUUUCAAGUCUGGAAAAUCUUCGACUGUUGCGAGUUCGUAACAGUUUAGACCUGGUACCCAACUAUCCACUGGUAGGCUAUUCAGAUGUUGGACAAGAGUUAGUGAUUGACACUAGACAGUCAUCAUUUCUGAAGAGUUCAGUGGAUCCAGGGAAUUGGCAUAACAUGGAGGGCUAUCUGCAUGGAGUUGCAGGAACUCAAGGGACUAAAGGUGGAUUCAAGUUGGAAGUUGGGCGUGAUAUUUCGCUUGUGAAUAAGUCUACUGAUGCACUGAAAGACGAAUAUCUUGUACCUAUGAUGUGGUGGUGUGAGAAGAAUAAGGGGAUGAUUCAAGGGGAAGAUGGAUCCUGGAAGCUGGUAGACCACGAACCAGACGCUAUUUGAGUUUUGAAUUAAUGUUAUGUUAUCAGUUAAUAAUUAGCACAUUUUUAAUACAUGCAUGUUUCGA